GAUGACAACAGCAGGUAGGCCAACUUUUGAACCUACGAGAGGUGGGAGAGGAAAAGGAGAAGGUUAUUUGAGCCAACUCUCAAAACAGUAUUCAAGUAGAGACCUAUCUUCUCAUACAAAGAUAAAAUAUAGACAAACUACUCAGGAUGCCCCUGAAGAGGUUCGCAACCGUGACUUCAGGAGAGAGCUGGAAGAGAGAGAGCGAGCUGCUGCAAGAGAACAAAAUAGAGAUCGUCCAACACGAGAACAUACAACCUCCUCGUCAGUGUCAAAGAAGCCUCGGUUAGACCAGAUUCCUGCUGCCAACCUUGAUGCAGAUGAUCCUCUAACAGAUGAAGAAGAUGAAGAUGAAGAUUUUGAAGAGGAGAGUGAUGAUGAUGAUACUGCAGCUUUUCUUGCAGAACUAGAAAAAAUUAAAAAAGAAAGAGCUGAAGAGCAGGCCAGGAAGGAACAAGAACAGAAAGCUGAAGAAGAAAGAAUACGUAUGGAAAACAUUUUGAGCGGAAACCCUCUCCUUAAUCUCACUGGCCCAUCCCAGCCUCAGGCCAACUUCAAAGUUAAAAGAAGGUGGGAUGAUGAUGUUGUUUUCAAGAACUGUGCAAAAGGUGUAGAUGAUCAGAAGAAAGACAAAAGAUUUGUAAAUGAUACGCUGCGAUCUGAAUUUCACAAAAAGUUCAUGGAGAAAUAUAUUAAAUAGUACAGUUUUAUGUGCUUAAUUAAAGACUGUAAAAUGUAAACGAUAAA